AUGAAUACAGAGAUUCAAAGAAGUGCUAGAUUAAAUGUACAGGAAAAAAAUGCUAUGGGAGAAAAUACAUUAAAAGGAAAGAAAUAUGAGGAAAUAUGGACUGAAACAGAAGAAGUUUCUAAAGGAAAAAUAUCAUCGUUUUAUGAUACGAGUUCUGACUUUUAUCAAGACAUUUCACUGCUUUCUUUUGAAUCAACAUGUAAACCAUCUAUUACAGAAAAGGAAUCCUCAAAUGAAUUUACUUAUGAGCAUAAAAGAAUAGAAGACAAAACAUUAUUGAGUUUAAAUAAUAGUUUUUGCAGAAAAACAAAAACUAGCGAUUCAUCUUUUGAUGUAUCUUUUUUAGACCAACUAUCCAUUCUAAAUGAUUCAACAAAUAAUAAGACGGCUGUUGAAAACAAUGAAUCACAAGAAGAUGAUCUUUUUGAAGUGUUUAACCGUCCUGUUCAAGAUUUUAUUGAAAACAAUAUAUUUAAUGAUAAUUGUUCAUAUCUUCAACAGGACAAUUUACUUUUAAAUUCACAAAAAAGUAAUGAAUUCGAAUCUUUAGAAGAUGAAAUAGUGAUGCAACUCAUUGACAUGGGCUUUAAUUAUGAACAGGUGAUUAAAGCAAUGGAGAUGACAGAAAAAAAAGACAUAGAUUCAAUCAUCUCACUACUUAUGACACUAAAUUUUUUAGAUGAUGAAAAAAAACAAAAAGGAUCACAAAAAAACUAUAUAGUAAAUAACAGGAAAGAAUCAUAUCCAGUAUCUGAUUCACAUUUAUCUCCAAACCUUUUUGAUAAAGCUAAUACAAUUUUUAAUCAAGGAAAGUUGUAUUUUCAAAAAACAAUACAAAAUUCUGGAACAAAUUCAAAUAUUUAUUCCAGUUUAUUAAAAAUGCCUAAAUGGAUGAAACACAAAUCAUCAUUAUCUAAUCAGAAAUUACCAGAAGAAAAAAGAAAAUUCAAUGAAACAACGCAUAAAACGUCAGUUCAAAAUAUUGAAAAUUAUAACUUUUUAGAUUUUUCAUCUGAUGAACCUGUUAAAAUACCAUCGUCUACUCAGCCCUUUGAAUCAUUUAAGGAAGACAUUAUAACACAAGAGCAUCGAGAUCAUUUUGAAAAUUUUGAAUAUAAUUCAAAAAAUUUUAUUGAACACACUCAUUCUGAACCUAUUUGUAAAAAUUUGUUCUUUCAAAAUGUAAGUUUUUCAUCAGAUCCGAAACCAGAAUAUAUUAAACAACCAGAUCUGUUUACUUCAUCAUCAUUAAUUCAUCAACUAAAUAUUAAAAGAGAACUUGCAUCUGACGCUUUUAAUAAUGGUAAUUAUUCAAAAGCGUUAGAAAUAUAUACUGAAGCUAUUGAACACUUACCAUCAGGACAUGUUUUAAAAAUAUUAUUUUUAGCUAAUCGCUCACUUUGUUAUUUGCGAAUGGGGAAUUCAGAAGCAUGCUUAUUGGAUUGUAAUAAAGCAUUGAAAUUUAUUGCAGAAAAAAAAGAUAUUCAAGAAAAUGUACUUUUUGGGAAAAAUAUAAAUCAUAUAUGGAAAAAGAUAAUUAUUAGACGAGCACAAACUUUACAACAGCUCGAAAGAUUUGAAGAAGCAAGAUGUCAAUGGGAAGAAAUCAUUAAUGCAAAUAUAGGUUAUUCAAAGGCUUUAGAUGCUAAACAUUAUUGCGAAAGGGCGCUUAAUUCCAAUAUUCUUAUAGAUAUAAAUCCGCUAGAAAACUUCGAAAAUCAAACAUCUAAAAACAUAAGAGAAACAUCUUGUAAGAAUUUAGAUAAAAAAGAUACUUUAUUUGUAUCAACAGAAACCCGGGCCUUAAAAAAAACUCAUAUUAAUACUUUAGACUCUGAAAAUGAAAAGAAGGUAUUUUUAUAUGAUAAAGUUGAACAACAUGUAAGUAAAUGGGUUAAUGGAAAAGAAAACAAUUUAAGAGCUUUGAUAUCUACUCUUGAUCAAGUAUUAUGGGCUAGCCUUGGUUGGGAAAGUAUAAGUAUGGCAAACUUACUUUCUACUUUACAAGUAAAAAAAGCGUAUAUUAAAGCCAUAUCAAAGAUUCACCCAGACAAGCUACCAAGAAAUACAAGUCUAGAACAAAAAAUGAUUGCUUCCUCUAUUUUCAAUUUUCUUAAUCAUGCAUGGAACACGUUCAAAAAACAAAAUAAUAUUUAG